GUACUCCAGGCAAAUUUCCAGCUCUCCCUUUCGUCACUCUCGCUGUACAGUGCAAAUGUACAAUCAUUGUCAUCUUCCCUGCUCGCCCCAAAGCUUCUCCUCCCAGCUCACCUCCGCGUUCCCUCGGCCCCCACCUUCCGCGCGAAGUAACCGCCGCUAGACACUUGUCCACCUGCCGCAUCUAGGUCUACGCGGCCUCCUCGCCGGAUGAUUGCCGCCGGCGCCGCCUCGAUGGGCCGCGCCGUGACUCGAGCACCCGGGGCCCGGCCCUCCCGGUGGCCGCGCACCGUGGCGCGGCUGCGACUCGCGCUCCGCUCCCCGGCGGCGGAGAGGGGCGCGGGCUGCUUCCGGCCGGCGCCGUCCCCGGCUGCGGCGGCGGCGGUGAAUGAGGCGAAGGGGAAGCUGCCGGAGGUGGAGGAGGAGCCGGCGCGCGGCGGAGGGGAUGACGUGUGGAGCGCCGAGGCCGAGGCGGAGGUGGCUCAAGGCGGGGGAUUCCCGGAGCACCUCGUCGUCAUGGUCAAUGGCCUCGUCGGGAGCGCCGACGAUUGGAAGUUCGCGGCGGAGCAGUUCGUGAGGCGGAUGCCGGACAAGGUGAUCGUGCACCGAAGUCAAUGCAACUCUGCCACCCAGACAUUUGAUGGAGUUGACUUGAUGGGUGAAAGGUUAGCGAACGAGGUUCUAUCAGUUGUAGAGCAAAGAAGAGGGGUCAAGAAGAUUUCGUUUGUGGCACACUCUCUUGGUGGUCUUGUUGCCAGAUAUGCUAUAGGAAGGCUUUAUGAACCUAAUAGCAUAAGUGAAUCAUCUGUCGGAAAGAGCAGAGAUGAAGUUGAGCACAUGGAGGGUCUCAUUGCUGGUUUAGAACCUAUGAAUUUUAUAACAUUUGCAUCACCACAUUUGGGUUCAAGCGGAAACAAACAGUUACCUUUUUUAUGUGGCCUGCCUUUCCUUGAGCGAAGAGCAUCAGAAACUGCACAUUUGAUUGUUGGGAGAACUGGAAAGCAUUUAUUCCUUACAGACAAUGAUGACGGCAGACGCCCGCUCCUCCUUCGAAUGGUUGAUGACUGUAAUGAUUUAAAAUUCAGGUCAGCAUUGCGCUCUUUCAAACGGCGUGUAGCAUAUGCGAAUGCCAAUUUUGACCAUAUGGUUGGGUGGAGAACAUCAUCAAUCCGGCGUCAGCACGAGUUGCCAAAACAUCGGCUUCUUGUUCGUGAUGAGAAGUAUCCACAUAUUGUCCAUGUUGAAAAGGAAAUAACAAACAAUAAUGAAACAGAAGCCCAUGCUGAUCUUUUUGACCCAGAAGAGGAGAUGAUAAGAGGCCUUACGCAAGUUCCAUGGGAACGUGUUGACGUGAGCUUCCAGAAAAGCAGUCAAAGAUUAGUUGCGCAUAACACCAUUCAUGUGAAAAGCUAUUGGCUAAACUCGGAUGGAGCAGACGUGAUCAACCACAUGAUGGAUAACUUCAUCGUCUAACCUACAAUGUGGGCAUGGCAGUAAAUUCCUGUCGCAGUUUGUUGAUCAGUGACAAUUCAAUUUUGCCUAGCUAGUUUUUCCGUGGAAGGUUACAGUUCCCAUCCCAAGUAAUGUGGUUGAUUCUUUAGGCCCGUGUGCUGCAGACGCAGAGCAGAGCCCAGAUGUCUCUGAUCCUCCUCCAUCAGCAAUGCUAGCUCGUCCAAUUGUACCAUAAUCUGCCCCCUCUCUUGUGUUGCACAACUGGGCUAAACAGAUGUUGCUGGAAAUAUAUUUCUCCUGUCUGAUUCUAUUGACAUGCAAA